AUGAAAGUCAUUGACAAGAUUCGCCGUGCAGACCAAGAGCAGCGCCCCUACUGGUCCUUUGAGUACUUCCCGCCAAAGACCACCGCCGGUGUCCAGAACCUCUUCGAGCGUAUGGAGCGCAUGUACAACCUCGGCCCAGAGUUUGUCGACAUCACUUGGAACGCCGGUGGAACCUCAUCCGACCUCACCAGCGAACUCGUCGCUACUGCCCAAAGCUACCCAGAGGGACAUCUGGAUUCAACCGACCGGGAGGAGGAUUUCAAGUGGCUCAAGUACAAGGUCGACCAAGGCGCAGAUUUCAUUGUGACUCAGCUCUUCUAUGACACGGGCCUGUUCCUGGACUGGAUCAAGGAGUGUCGCACCCGCGGUAUCACCGUUCCCAUUAUUCCCGGUAUCAUGCCCAUCCAGAGCUUUGGCGGUUUCCACCGUAUGACCAGUCUCUGCAAGACCUUUGAGGACGACCAGGCGGUGAAGGACUUUGGAGUCAAACUGGCGGUCGAGAUGUGCAAGGAUAUCCAGGCAGCGGGAAUCGGUGGAUUCCACUUUUACACCCUCAACCUUGAGAAAUCAACCCGCCUAAUCCUCGAAGGACUUGGCUUUGUUGCUCCCCGCGAAAACGCUCGUCCUCUGCCCUGGAACCCUUCUCUGUCAAAGAAGCGCGAGAUGGAGAAUGUGCGUCCUAUCUUCUGGAAGAACAGGAUCCAGUCCUAUGUCUCCAGAACCGAGGCCUGGGACGAGUUCCCCAACGGCCGCUGGGGAGACUCUCGGUCGCCUGCCUUUGGAGAGCUCGAUGGUUACGGUACCUCGCUCAAAGUUGCGCCCAAGGAUGCAUUGGAAUUGUGGGGUCGUCCUUCGAGUCCCCGUGAUGUUGCUUCUCUCUUUGCGAAGUACUGCAAUGGCGAGAUCCGAUCCAUCCCAUGGAGUGAUGAGAGCUCGUUGUACCCUGAGACCGAGGCGAUCCGCGGUCAGCUUGCUCGUCUUAACGAGCGUGGAUACCUCACCAUUAACUCCCAGCCCGCCGUCAACGGUGUCCGUUCCGACGACAAAGUCCACGGAUGGGGCCCCAAGAACGGAUACGUCUACCAAAAGGUCAGCCAUCUUUGUUAA